AUGUCCGGCGGCAUGCUCCUCCUGGCCCUGCCGGCCCUGCUGGCGGCGGCGGCCAUCAUCAUCGUGCCGUCCCCAGCCAAUGCGGCGGUGUCGUACGACCACAGGGCCGUGGUGAUCAACGGGCAGCGCCGGAUCCUCAUCUCGGGGUCCAUCCACUACCCGCGCAGCACCCCCGAGAUGUGGCCGGACCUGCUCCAGAAGGCCAAGGACGGCGGCCUGGACGUGGUCCAGACGUACGUGUUCUGGAACGGGCACGAGCCCGUGCAGGGGCAGUACUACUUCGGCGACCGCUACGACCUCGUCCGCUUCGUCAAGCUCGCCAAGCAGGCGGGGCUCUACGUGCACCUCCGCAUCGGGCCCUACGUCUGCGCCGAGUGGAACUUCGGCGGCUUCCCCGUGUGGCUCAAGUACGUCCCCGGCAUCAGCUUCCGCACCGACAACGCGCCAUUCAAGGCGGCGAUGCAGACGUUCGUGGAGAAGAUCGUGUCGAUGAUGAAGUCGGAGGGGCUCUUCGAGUGGCAGGGUGGCCCCAUCAUCCUGGCGCAGGUGGAGAACGAGUACGGGCCCAUGGAGUCCGUCAUGGGCGGCGGCGCCAAGCCCUACGCCAGCUGGGCAGCCAAGAUGGCUGUCGCCACCGGCGCCGGCGUGCCAUGGGUCAUGUGCAAGCAGGACGACGCACCGGACCCCGUGAUCAACACCUGCAACGGCUUCUACUGCGACUACUUCAGCCCCAACUCCAACAGCAAGCCUACCAUGUGGACCGAGGCCUGGACCGGCUGGUUCACGGCGUUCGGUGGCCCGGUGCCGCACCGGCCGGUGGAGGACAUGGCCUUCGCCGUGGCGCGCUUCAUCCAGAAGGGCGGCUCCUUCGUCAAUUACUACAUGUACCAUGGAGGCACCAACUUCGACCGCACCUCCGGCGGGCCGUUCAUCGCCACCAGCUACGAUUACGAUGCGCCGAUCGACGAAUACGGUCUGCUGAGGCAGCCGAAAUGGAGUCACCUGAGGGACCUGCACAAGGCCAUCAAGCAAGCCGAGCCGGCGCUGGUCUCCGGCGACCCCACCAUCCAGUCCAUCGGGAACUACGAGAAGGCGUACGUGUUCAAGUCGAGCAGCGGCGCCUGCGCGGCGUUCCUGUCCAACUACCACACCAACGCCGCGUCGCAGGUGGUGUUCAACGGGCGGCGCUACGACCUCCCGGCCUGGUCCAUCAGCGUGCUACCGGACUGCAAGACCGCCGUGUUCAACACGGCGACGGUGAGCGAGCCGUCGGCGCCGGCGAGGAUGAGCCCCGUGGGCGGCUUCUCGUGGCAGUCGUACAGCGAGGCCACCAACUCACUGGACGACCGCGCCUUCACCAAGGACGGCCUGGUGGAGCAGCUCAGCAUGACGUGGGACAAGUCAGACUACCUGUGGUACACCACCUACGUGAACAUCGACUCGAACGAGCAGUUCUUGAAGUCCGGACAGUGGCCGCAGCUGACCAUCUACUCCGCCGGCCACGCCCUGCAGGUGUUCGUCAACGGCCAGUCCUACGGCGCCGCGUAUGGCGGCUACGACAGCCCGAAGCUGACAUACAGCGGGUACGUGAAGAUGUGGCAGGGCAGCAACAAGAUCUCCAUCCUCAGCGCAGCAGUCGGCCUCCCUAACCAGGGCACCCAUUACGAGGAGUGGAACGUCGGCGUGCUCGGUCCGGUGACGCUGUCCGGCCUGAACGAGGGGAAGAGGGACCUCAGCAACCAGAAAUGGACCUACCAGAUCGGCCUGCACGGCGAGUCGCUGGGCGUGCACUCCGUCGCCGGGAGCUCGUCCGUCGAGUGGGGAGGCGCCGCCGGGAAGCAACCCUUGACAUGGCACAAGGCCUACUUCAACGCGCCGUCCGGCACCGCGCCGGUGGCCCUGGACAUGGGCAGCAUGGGGAAGGGCCAGGCGUGGGUGAACGGCCACCACAUCGGGCGGUACUGGUCGUACAAGGCCUCCGGCGGCAGCUGCGGCGGCUGCGGCUACACGGGGACGUACAGCGAGACCAAGUGCCAGACCGGCUGCGGCGACAUCUCCCAGAGGUACUACCACGUCCCGCGCUCCUGGCUCAACCCCAGCGGCAACCUGCUGGUGGUGCUCGAGGAGUUCGGCGGCGACCUGUCCGGAGUCAAGCUGGUCACCAGGACGACAUGA